CGAGAUCACAUGACUGCUCCACAUUACUUCCUCAAAGCGUAAACAUUAGUUACUCGCAGAAGAGCGUAAAGUUGUUCAGCAGGUUAAGAAGGCAGUGUUCCAUGUGUUAUGAUACCAUGCUAUGUUUAAACUUGGAGAGAAAUGGAGCGCGUCCGUGACGGGAAAACGGCAUUGUAUUGAUGACGUGUUGAGGUAGCGAUUCGUAGUGGCUAAAUGUGUGAAUAUUUUCUCUUGCAUUAAGGUCAGGGUGGUGUUGCUGUGUGGGAAUGGGUGCUUUCUCUAGCUGCUUCAAAUGGAGAGUAAAGGGAGCGACGAGGUGGAAAAACUGAAGACAAAGUUUAUGUCAGUUUGGAACAACGUGAAGUACAGUUGGGCUCUCAAAUCCAAAACUUCAUUCAGUAGAAACUCCCCAGUGUUUCUUUUGGGGAAGUGUUAUCAUUUUAAAGCAGAAGAUGAAGACUGUCCCUCUAAAGACUGCCAUGAAGGCUCUGAUGAGGACUUUGUUAUGGGGAACGUUGAGGCUUUCAGAAGGGACUUUGCAUCUCGUGUAUGGCUGACGUACCGGGAAGAUUUCCCUCCACUGCCAGGCAGCACGCUGACCUCGGACUGUGGCUGGGGCUGCAUGCUCAGGGCUGGACAGAUGAUGCUGGCCCAAGCUCUAGUUCUGCACUUGUUAGGCAGAGACUGGACUUGGUCGGAGGCGCUGACACUGCAGCCUUUAGAUGCAGAGACACGCACCACCACAGCUGCCAAGCGUCUCGUCGCCACCCUGGAGGCUUCACUGCAAGGGACUCCAAAGAGUUCUGAGAGCGGACCCACUUUUGUGCCUCAAGCCCAGGCAUCUGGAUCGGCAGAGGAAGCAGAUGCACAUUUAAAGGAGAUGUACCACCGAAACCUGGUGUCCUGGUUUGGGGAGGGCUCCUCAGCUCCGCUGGGGCUGCACAGACUGGUUCACUUAGGAUUGACGAUGGGAAAACAGGCAGGGGACUGGUACGGUCCGGCUGUGGUGGCACACAUCUUUAAGAAAGCUGUCAAGGAAGCAACGGACCCUGGCUUGGCGGGUAUAACUGCCUACGUUUCCCAGGACUGCACAGUGUACAGUUUUGAUGUCAUGGACUGCCACAAAGCACCAAGAGCAGGAGAAACCUCUGACGCGACACCAGAGAAGCCUCCACCAUCACUGCCCACACUGCCGGAGGACCGGGCCGUCAUCAUCCUCGUCCCUGUGAGGCUGGGUGGAGAAAGGACAAACCCAGAAUAUUUUGACUUUGUAAAGAGCAUACUGAGUCUGGAGUACUGCAUAGGAAUCAUUGGUGGGAAGCCCAAGCAGGCCUGCUACUUUGUUGGAUUUCAAGAUGACAGCUUGAUUUACAUGGACCCUCAUUACUGUCAGUCUUUUGUGAAUGUCAGCACCAGCGAUUUCCCUCUCCAGUCCUUUCAUUGCCCCUCUCCAAAAAAGAUUCCUUUCAGCAAACUGGAUCCCAGCUGCACUAUUGGUUUCUACUCUAGAAGUUCUCAAGAAUAUGAGAGAAUCAAGGUGGAGCUGUCCAAGUUGCUGCAGCCCUCACUGAAGGAGAAAUACCCAGCGUUCACUUUCGUGGAAGGUCGCAGCGCAGAUUACGACCUGUCGGCCGGCCUGAACACGGAGAGGCGGGAAUGGCCUUUCAUUCGGGACACGCGCAGAACCGUCACCACAGCUGGAGACUUUGUGCUGCUUUGAAAGCCCGGUUUGAUGGUUCAACGAAUCUUCUCUCAUAACGAUUCUAAUUGCUUAAAUUCAUGGCAUCAUGCAGUGCAUUCAUGACAGUGUUAGGAUUCAGUAGUUUACUGACUCAGUUUUCACAUCCCAGAAACAUUAAUCCUAAACAAAACAGAUUUGGUCUGGCAAUAAGAGCACUGGAUUAUUUGUGGAAAGUUAUUUAACAUUAUGUGUUGAUCUACUGAAUCUAAAUUCAUAAUAUUAAGUAUCUAUUUUGUCGUCAACAUAUUCAUGGGGGCUCAGAAAAUUAACUCUACAGUUCAUUAUUAUUAUAUAAAUAUGUUUUUCUUGUUGUUAUAAAUGAGACCCAAUAUGUUUAUUUUGUUAUUUGUUUUUGAUGAAGGGUACUUUUAAAGAGAUAUUUGUAUAAAUAUCACUAGGUCACAAACUUUCAAAACCAACAGUUUUACACAGUAGUGCCAGAAAUAAGGGCUACAACAUAUAUUUUUUAGACUUUCUAUGAUAAGCAUCACUUCUAUAAAUAGUAAAUCAUAAUGUACUAAACUAAAACAGUGGCACAGCUUGACUUGACGUCCUUAAUUUGUUUUAAUUUAACAAACAAAAACACUAAAUUGUAUCCAAUGGCACUAUCUUAUUGGUCAAAGUCUAAUGUGUGUUUGGUUGCAGACUAUUUUUUUUUUUUUUUAAGAAAAAUGUUCCAAAAGUUAAAACUUCCAAUGAGAGUGAAUAACCUGUACUCAGAUUACAAUAUGGCCGCCUUACAUUUAAAGCUCAUACAUUGCAAUAGUGAAAAAAAAUGGUUAACUAAGAUGUGAAUCUCAUUAAUAAUUUUAAACUCAAAGCUUUGUAAAGUAUGAAAAAAAAAACUUAUUAGUAUCUGAUAAUGCCAUUACAAAUUAAUAUGAUGGCUAAGAAAAACACCUGAUUUUAACACUGAAAAUUUGAAUAUUUCAGGUUUAUUAAACAUGAUUGUUGGGUUUGGUUUCAUAACUUAAUCCAAUUUUCCAAACGGGCCAGGGCAAUAACUGCUUAAAUAACGUUUUUGUUAUCAUCUAGCAAUAAACGCAUAAAAUAUGCUUUAUCGUGAUCAUUUUUCUAAGAUGGCUUAUUUGUGAAACCGACCCAGGCUUUAGAAACCACUGAUCUAGAUCACUGACCAUAUAUUUUGCCUUAGAUCAACUCCUUAAACAUUACAGUUUUCCUUGUCUG